UGAUAAAAAAUGUUUAAUCAAAGUGGAGGGCUAAGAACUGGCACGUCGUCUUCGUCUAAUCCGAUGCAAGAUUUCGAGGUUAUCUCUCCUCCUGAUGAUUCUAUCUCCAGUCUUGCAUUUAGUCCAGCUUCAAUUCCACAAAAUUUUCUCGUUGCUGGUUCAUGGGACAACAAUGUUCGUUGUUGGGAAGUCGAACAGUCUGGCAAAACAGUUCCUAAAUCAAUGCAGUCUAUGGCAGCUCCAGUUCUCGAUGUUUGUUGGUGCGAUGAUGGAACAAAAGUAUUUAUGGCAGGUUGCGAUAAAACGGCAAAAUGUUGGGACUUAGCUUCAAAUCAGAGUAUUCAAGUAGCAGCACAUGAUGCACCAAUUAAAACUUGUCAUUGGAUUAAAGCUAGCACAUAUUCAUGCCUUAUGACAGGUUCUUGGGAUAAAACACUGAGAUUUUGGGAUUUAAGAAGUCCUAAGCCAGCAAUGACUAUAAAUUUAAUCGAAAGGUGUUACUGUGCAGAUGUUGAUUAUCCAAUGGCAGUAGUAGGAACAGCAGGACGUGGAUUAAUUGUUUAUCAAUUAGAAGGCAGUCCUCGAGAGUAUAAAACAGUAGAAUUAAGUCUAAAAUACCAGUACAGGUGUGUUGCAAUUUUUAGAGAUAAAAAGAAAGUUCCUACUGGUUUUGCAAUUGGUAGCACAGAAGGUCGUGUAGCUAUACACCAUUUGAAUUUAAGCUCAAAAGAAAACUUCACAUUCAAAUGUCAUAGAACAAAUGGAACUCCUAAUGGAUACCAAGAUAUUUAUGCAGUAAAUGACAUUGCAUUUCAUCCAGUUCAUGGUACUGUUGCGACUGUUGGAGGUGAUGGUACAUUCGGAUUUUGGGAUAAGGAUGCAAGAACUAAGCUAAAGUCUUCAGAUCCUAUGGAGCAGCCCAUUACUCGAUGUUGUUUUAAUCAUAACGGACAAAUAUUUGCAUAUGCGGUAUCUUACGAUUGGUCGAAGGGCCACGAAUAUUAUAAUCGAGCCAAAAAGAACUCUAUAUUCCUUAGACCUUGCUUUGAGGAACUAAAAGCUAAAGCUUCACCUUAAGAACAGAGGA